AUGCGGCCUCCCUUUGACCACAACAGGCGUCAUGCAGAUGCGAGGCGGCCCCUCGAACGACCCUUUCAUGCUAAUCACGAUCUCUACAGGGCUUCGAGAUAUUCCUCGAGGUAUGACGGGGGAGAUCGCGGGGACCGUCGUUCCAGAUCGCCUCGCGACCGCUCGCCCGAUCGUUACGAACGCGCAUCGCAGUACAGUGACGGCGACCGCCGCCGAUCUUCCGCCGAAGCGCGCUCCAACACUUCGGCCUUUGUGAACAACAGAGAUUCAUUCCGCGACAACCUACCCCGUGAUCCGCCCCGAGGGCCUAAGGCGCUUUUGGACCCUCCCAGUGGCCCGAGAGGCGGCGGGUAUGCCGGCGAUUUUAGGGGACGCGGCAGAGGCCGCGGCCGCGGAUGGAACCGCGAUGACAGCAGGGAUCGCGGACGGGACCGCGAUAUCGAUUUCAGAGAGCGACGCGAUGGGCCCUAUCGAGAUGAGAGAAGCCGUGAACGUGAUCGGGACUGGGAUCGACGGGAUAGAGAGAGCUAUCGAGGACGCCCACGAUCGCCUGGUAGAGGGCGCUCACCACCACAGCGAGACUUUCGCGACAGAGAUCCCCCUUUAGGCGUCGAUGCUGAACGGUCUAGGCGCGGUUCAAGGGACGGAGGUCCGCCUUCCGCCGGCUCGUCCAACUCUGAUCCCCCCUUCGGUAUGGGUCGUGGUGGUUUCAGAGGAGGUAGAGAUCGAGGACGCGGAGGAUGGGAGAGAGGCAGGGGACGGGGUGGUUUCUACGACGAACGCGACCGGUUCGGGCCUCGCAGUCGCUCUCAGGAAGGGCGAUGGGGCCGCGACAGAGACGACCGCGACCGUGGGGAUCGAUGGGGUGAUGCUGAAGUUCGCAGAGAUCCCCGAGACGAACCCCGUGAUCCCCGAGAUCGCGAGUUGCUGAGACCCAAGGUUGAUCGAGAACGAGACCGAGGCAUGUCUUCCCAAGCGCAGUCGCCAAACACCAAGGAUGUCUCUCCACCGCCACUCGCCCCUUCAGCACCCGCAUUUGGCACCGUUCCCAGUCGCAACGGCCCGGCCGACGGAUCACCCAUUAUUGGCGGCACUGGCAAACUACCACCCACAGCCCCGAGAGCAUUCAAUUCGGAACGACCCGUCUCUGCCGGACACGGCGGCGGAAGUAGCGGCGGAGAUUUCCCAGCACCUCCUACCGGACCAGCGAAAAUGAAUCUCAUAGAGGGCAGCCCCCCCAUUCCCUCCGGCCCUCGCGCUCAACAACAGAAACAGCAACGCCCCUCGAGUAAGCAGUGGAUAAAUCCAGCACUUACAGGGAAAAAGAUUCCGGAGUCGCCCAAGAUUAUGAGAUCGCAGAGCUUUGCACAGCAGCAACGUCCAGUGCCCUUCCGCCAUGAAAGCGUCCCGGCGGAACAAGGCGACAACGACAGGCGUCCACGCAGUAGUGAUGCAAAGGCUGACUCUCACAAUUCUGCGACUGAAGGCUCGGUAAAGUCGCUUAAUCUUCCGGAACCUGGUGAAAUUGUCAUCAAAUCUGAAAGAGACAGCUAUUCCGCAAGAGGCUCCAUGGAUCGAGAUGUAGAGCAUCUAGACGAUCCUAGAGACACUGUCAUGGGAGGAACCGACGGCCAUGGAUACGAGGAACGUCGGAAUCGUGCGAGGCGCGAAGAGAAACUCGACACAGGGACAGCCGACAAAGACGACAGCGACGAGGGCUUGGUGGAUGAGGACGAGGAAGAGAAAAAGGAACCACCCAGGCCUGCGAAGGAGAGCCGAAUGUCGGUGCCGCGAGUAAGAUUCCGUCUCCUACCCCAGGAACCCUCGGCGCCAGUCUCCGAACAGACGUCUGAAUCCGACGACGACGAAGACUAUGGAGAAUAUUUCGCCUUGGAAAUCGCAAAGGAAGAGGCCGAAUUGCAGAAGCUACAAGACGCGGCUGACAGCACCCCGGACAAUAUCAUAUCUCGCUACGCUACGGUCGCACACGAAGCCUUGGUGGCGCUUGUCACAGAGUCAGAGGGCCUGGUGGAUAUGCUUGGGCCGAUCCCCGAUUUUGUGGAACCCCCGAAAGAACCCCUCCCGAUUCUGUCAUGUGUUGAGGAGAAGCGCGAAAAGACCCCCCAGGUCUCGAGCACUGUUAUACAGCAAUCCAAAUCAUCACCAAAGGAGACUACUGCGGUACCUGGCCCUGUCCCAGUUGCUGUAUUCGCGCCGAAGUCCCAGGAGCCCGAGGUUGAAGAGAAGGCUGAGGGAACCACAGUUGAGAAGGAGGCGGACAAGAAUCCAGAGAAGGAGGCAGAAGAAGAAGGCGUGGUGACGGCCCCGAAGGUAUCCGAGCAAGAACCGGAGAAGGAGGUGGAACCCGUCGUCGAGAAGGUCGCCGAAAAGCCCACUGAGAAGCCUCUGGAGCAGGUUGUCAAGAAAUUUGUUGAUGGCGCUGAGGAAGCCGCAGACGUUCCGGCUGAGAACAAAGCUGAAAAGCCUGCCACGAAGGCGACUGAACCCGUUGUCGAAAAGGUUCAGGAAGCCCCCAUGGCUCCGACCUCUGAUGAGCCGCAGCCGAAAACGGAGGAGAUGGAUAUCGACGAGCCUGCUUCCGUUUUAUCGGCGCCCUCGCUUCCUCAGCCAUCCGAGCCGGUAAAUGAUGUAGAUGUUGCUAUGGAAGAUGCAUUCGAGCCUGAGAAAGCACCUGUGGAGUCGGUUGCCGAGCGCGAAGAACCCAGGGAUCCGGUUAUGAACGGUCAGCAUCUCCUCCAACCAUCCAGUGUGCCGAUGGAAACUAUUGAAGGCGACAAGGGCCUGCCCAGCACACCCUCUCAGAUGGACGAUGACGACGACAACUCUACCGAAUCGGAAGAUCCCGACGUGAUGCUCAUCGAUAAAAUCCGGCAGUUCUCGGCGACGCCCCCUAUUGAUAGCUUACCAGACUACAGCUGCCGCCCCUGGAGCCGGGACAGGGAUUUCUUGCAGUCGCUUGAAUCGGACUCGAUGGUCGACGACUUUAUUCUGCAGCAGCUCGAUAAGAUCUCGCUGGAGAAGAUGGCUGGGCAAGGAGAAGCUCGCAAGGACUAUGCCGAAAACUAUAUCAAAUAUCUCGACUUUACAGUCUCAAGCGAUCCGAUCGCGAUCAAGAGCCGAGAAACCUUUAUCAGUUGUUUACCGACACCCGAGAAACAUAUCCCUGUUCCCCCUCCUCCGGAGCUGAAACCAGAAGGUAGGGGAGCUGGCAGAAGAUAUGCGAGCGAACGGGAUCUGGAGAGAGUGUUACAAGCAUCCAUGCGGGAAGAUGAAGAACGGAAAGAGAGAGAACAACGCGCCAUGCAAGAGAAAUAUCGCAGUGAGAAAGAGGCCGUCAUUCCUGAGAUGUACUGGACCAAGGAGGAUCGCGAUAACGAAUUCUUCAAAGACACCACCGGCUUCACGCCUGUGGAGAAGCUUGUACCAGCAUGGCAAAUUAUGCCACCAAUCAACAACUUCACCUCCGAAGAAGCAGAUCUCUUCGAGAAGAAGUAUCUCACGAAUCCGAAGCAAUGGGGCGUAGUUGCUGAAAACGUACCCAAACGCAACUUUGGUACCUGUAUUCAGUACUACUACCUGAUGAAGAAGGAACUCAACCUCAAGGAGAAGCUUAGAAAGCAGCCCAAGCGCAGAAAGAAGGGCAGAGGUAAGACCCGCUCAAGCGCGCUUGUCUCGGAGUUGGGCAACGCCGAAAACGAAGGAGAGGAGAACCAAGAGAACGGCGAAAAUGGAGAACGGAGACGGCCACGCCGUGCUGCUGCCCCGACGUGGGGCUUCGAGCAACCGCCUACGGAUUCCGACAAUGCCACACCAGCCGGCACACCUGGUCGCGGUCGCGGAGCCAAGGCGGAUCCCGAAAAGGUCGACGGCAGGAAGCGUGGGAGGAGGGCAGCCAAGGAUAAGGAACCGAAGGCACCCAAAUCGCAGCAAACUCUUGUAGCGGCACCCACACCCACUUCAGGCAAGGGAAGGUCUCGCUCGAACUCUAGAGUUCAGAACACUGAGUUCCAGCCUCCUCCGCCUGUGCCUGUGGAGAACCGUCUGCCAUCGCAAUUCGAGGUUCCGGCCACAGGCGUACAGGCCCCUCUGAUGCCAACCCAGCAACAGCCACCUCUGGUUGUCCAGGAGCGCCCUGUCCCUAUCACCCCUUCGCCGAUAUCCGAAGUUAUGGCGCCUCCAUCACUUCGGCCAGAGCCGCCACCACCUCCUACGCAACCAACCGUUGCGACGUUCGACAUUGCUCAGCCGCAACCCGAACGCCGUGCCCCCAGUCAGGCGUCAAGUUACUGGAGCGUGUCUGAAGCAAAUGACUUCCCUGGCCUCCUGAAGUCUUUCGGUACUGACUGGGUAGCCAUCGCGGGUCAUAUGGGUUCGAAGACAGCCGUCAUGGUGAAGAACUACUUUGUCAGACAAAGAGACCAGGGCAAGACUGAGUGGGAACAAUUUGCUGCUGAGGCUGACGCGAAGCGAAGCAGAGGUGAGAAGCUACCCGAUCCACCACCGCCAACCGUCGGUGGACGAAAGAAAUACGACUCUACGCCUGGGGCUUCGUCACAUCGGCCUCUGGCCUCUGCGCCUGCUACUCCGGCGCCGCCGACCGCGCCCGAACCGCCGAGCGAACCUCCUGUCACCAAGGUCGAGCCUCCCGCCCAACAAACUGGAAACCCACCCUUUGGUCGCUUUGCCAUGCCCAUUACCCCGGCACCACCGACGCCAUCAGCGCAACAGCAACAGCAACAGCAGCAAUCGCAACCGCAACCGCAACCGCAACCGCAACAACCCCUAACCCAAGCUCCUCCUCCCCCUGCUGUUGCCGCCACACAGGCCCCUCCUCAAGCUCCUCAACAGGCGCCGAUUCCAGUUCAGCAGCAGCCGGCUGCUCAGCCGGUCGUGUCACAAUCAGGCUCGCCUAUUGCUCGCCCACCAAGAGCACCGCCACAGCAAGCCUUCGGUUUCCAGGAGAGAGAGCGGGAAUCAACUCAACCCCCUCAACCUGUCAGGAUCUCACAGAAGCCACCUGCCACACCAAUCACUGAGCCUGCUCAGCAACGACCUUUGGCUGCCGCACAACCUAUUCAGUCUGUGCAGCCCGACCCAUUGGUCGACCGACAACAGGCCGAGAGGCGACAAGAGAUGGAGAGACAGGCGAUUGAACGGCAGCAAAUCGAGAGACAACAGAUGGAGAGACAACAGCUUGAGCGCCAGCGCAUAGAGCAACAGCAGAUUGAGCGACAACAACUAGAGAGACAACAGAUUGAGAGACAACAGAUUGAGAGGCAGCAAAUCGAAAGGCAGCAAAUGGAGCGUCAACAGCUUGAGAGGCAGCAGAUCGAGCGUCAGCAAAUUGAGCGCCAACGCAUUGAGCAGCAGCAACUUGAGCGCCAACAGCUCGAAAGACAAGCUAUCGAAAGGCAGCAAAUGGAGCGUCAACAGAUUGAGAGGCAGCAGAUCGAGCGUCAGCAAGCUGAGCGACAGCAGAUGGAGAGGCAACAGAUGGAAAGGCAGAAAAUGGAGGCACAAUCCAAAGAGCACCUGCGCCCGACUGAACGCACUCGCCUUAAGCAGGAGCCUGAGAUGACGCCGCCGCAACACCAUUACGAACCUUUCUCUUACGGCCAGCAGCCGGUGCGGAACGUGCCACCUCCUCGAUCCGAGCCACCGGUGUCGAGACAGCCUACUGAACCGCCGCGGGCAACGGCGACCCCGGUCCCUCAGGGCUACGGCCAACCCAUGCCUCAGCCAGGUGGAAGACUCUUGGGUGAUCCUCAGCCGUCCGUCUCAACACCUCCCGGCCAGAGGCCUAUCGCUGCUCAACGCCCGAUGCCCACCCAUAUGGACUCAUAUGGCACUCCUCCCCAACAGCAACAGCCGCCGGCAGCAGCUGCCGCGCCCCCGUCUCGCUCGUCAGCUUCGGAGAAUAGGAGAUCCAACAUCAUGUCAUUGCUCAACGACGACCCCCCAGCAGCUGCAGCUGCUGCCGCUCCCACACCCCCUCCUCAACCCAAACGUGUCAAUGAUAUGGCUCAAAUCAAGCCGUCCCCGACGCCGCCGCCGCAAAGCAUGUCUAGAGGGCCUGUGGCCGCGCCGGCACCGACUCCCCUGCGGCCAGAGCGGGAGCCUCCUCAAGCAUAUCCUUAUGGCCGAAAUGCUCCCUCAGCCUCUGCGAUGCCUCCUUUGAAGCCGACUUACACCGCUUCGCCCCAAGCGCAGCAUAUGAGUGCCCCGAGGUCAGCCAUUGCCUCUCCGCACGAUGCGGCGGCGGCAGUCGAGCGUGACUACUACCGCCAUCAGUACCACCAGCCUCCAGCGACGAACUCUCCCCAAGUCGCGCAGCCUUAUCCGCCGCAGCCCCAGUCUCGUGAUCCUCGCGAUCCUCGCGACCCCAGGGACUCCAGAGACCCUUACCAGCCUCAGACUGGAUACCCUGGAUAUGGUGCGCCUACUUCCCACGCUGGCUCGCCGCCGCCUCAAUAUGCUGUGCAUCAGUCGGCUUCCAGACGCGAAACGCUCCCCCCACAAGGCAGGGAAUCAGCAUGGCCUCCUGGGCCUCAAGGACACGCCAUGGGCCAACCGCAACCGCCACAGCAACAGUCCUCUUGGCCGCCGGCGUCACACGCGCCGCCUGCGAAGCAAUCCCAGCCGGCACCCCCUCCCCAGAAUUGGGCCUCUCCGCAUAUGUCGGCCCAAAAAGCCCCUCCUGCGGGCUCGGCCAUGCAGCAACAAUCUUGGGCUUCCGGCCCGCCUCAGCAGCAACAACAACCGCCUCCGGGUCACCACAUGUCGAUGCGAGACGAAAGAGGCUCGUCCAUGUACGGUCAGCUUCCUCCCCAGCACCAGCACCCAAUGCAAGGGCGAUACCCACCCGUCUCUCGGGCGCCGGAGCAAAUGCCACCUCAAGCUCCACAGGCGUACCCGCCACGGUACGCAUCGACGCCCGCGCCCAGGGAUCCCCGGGACCAAAUGCCACCGCGGAGCUACACGCCAGUGGGAUAUGAUGCUCGCGGCCCGCCUCCUGGACCCUAUCCUCCGGAUCCUAGAGAGAUGCAAAUGCGCGAGAUGAGCCGCGAUCCCAGGGAUCCCAGGGAUCCUCGGGAAAUACAGCAUCAGGAGAUGCUCCAGCGCGGCCAAUUGCGUCCACAAGAUGGCUACGGGAGACAACCUGAUCGUUACGGCCGCUAG